AUGGCAGACUCCGAUUACGAAUUCGACAACGACGAUGGGUCCGAGGACGAGUACGUCGGGUCCAAGAACGCCGGUCCGAGCACACGAGCACCGCCGGCAAGUAAGAGACAGACGGCAGAGGCGAAGGAGGCAGCGCCAAAACGCCAGGCAUGGGAGACGGAGUACUCUCGCACAGUCGAGAAGAUUGUGCCUAUCAACGACGAGUCGAUGGGGCAGAGCGUGCAAGAGCGAGAAGAGGAAAGGAAGCGCAAGCGGUUGCGCAAAGACACAAAGCCCUUCCAAAGAGGCAUCAUACGGCAUGUCGUGCUGGUGCUGGACCUGUCCGAGGCAAUGAUGGAGAAGGACAUGCGGCCGAAUCGCUUCAUUACAAUGGUCAACUACACACAAGACUAUGUGCGCGAGUUCUUUGAGCAGAACCCAAUUUCGCAGAUGAGUGUGCUGGGCAUGCACGAUGGGAUUUGGUGCGCCCAGCUUACAGAACGCGCUGGAGCUGGCGAGGGCGACGCUAUAUCACACACCAAACCACGGAACAAGAGAGGUCAUCAUCGUCUUUGGCUCGUUGCUAUCUCUCGACCCUGGGGACAUUCACCAAACCGUCAAAGCCUGCGUGCGAGAUCGGAUCCGUUCACAAAGACGAAUGCAGGAGACGAGGGCGAAUAUACAAUCGCCACAGACCAGGAAAUGCUGAAGGAACUCCUCAUAGCCACAACAACACCCCCCGUUGUCCGGCAAACAGCCGCUUCCACAACUGCGCCGGAACCAGACUCGGGCGCCGCGCUGAUGAUGAUGGGCUUCCCCUCGCGAGUCGUCGAGGACGUGGCCACAAUAUGCGCCUGCCACGGCAACAUGACCUUGGGAGGGUACACAUGUUCACGCUGCAGCGCAAAAGUCUGCAGCCUACCAGUCACAUGUCCCAGCUGCCAGCUCACACUCCUCCUCUCCACACAUCUUGCGCGAAGCUACCACCACCUAUUUCCCCUGCGUAACUGGGCUGUAGUAAGCUGGUCGCGCGCCCGCGAAAAGGGAAGCCAGGAGUGCGUGGGGUGUCUCAAUCCGUUUCCCGAGAUCCCGGCUUCUAGCGACCGGCGAGAGCAGAACGGGGAGACGAACGGGCUUGCGAAGAGAGGGCAGGAGAAUGAGGAGGAGGAUCAGAAGGCGAGUGAGUCGGCGAGGUAUGAGUGUCGCGCCUGCGAGAACCACUUCUGCAUCGACUGCGAUAUGUUUGCGCAUAUGGUGCUGCAUAACUGUCCUGGGUGUUUGGGGCGGCUUGAUGCUGGGACGGCGCAGAAUGGGGAUGGGAAUGGGAAUGGGGAUGUCGUUAUGAGCGGCACGAGCGUCAGCAAAAUGGUUACCGCUACGUUCGACAGAUUGAUCCGGUUCGAGGCCGAGGACGGGAAGACGUAUUAUGGCGACUUGGUGAAGGAGGUGCCGACGCGGGAGAUUGAGGGGAGCGAGGUGGAGGUGUUGGAGGGUGAUAUUGCGAGUGGGUUUAAGAAGACGGGUGGGCAGAAGAAAGUGGCCAAGCUGCUCUCACCAUUGCCAUCUGUGUCCGCAAUCCCGUGCAUAGGCCUCAACUACCGCAAGCACGCUGAGGAAUGCAACCUCGACAUCCCCAGCAACCCCGCCAUCUUCACAAAAUCCGCCUCCGCCCUCACCGGCCCCCUCUCCCCCAUCUCCAUCCACCCGGACUGCCAAUCGCAGCUCGACUACGAAGGCGAACUAACCAUCAUAAUCGGCAAAGACGCAAAAAACAUCUCCGCCGCCAACGCCCUCGACUACAUCCUCGGCUACACAGUCGGCAACGACGUCUCCGCCCGAAACUUCCAAAUGCCCGCCUCCGUCUGCGGCGGCCAAUUCGGCUACGCAAAGAGCUUCGACGGCUUCGCGCCCAUCGGCCCGUGUAUCGCCAGCACGCGCGUUAUUCCUGAUCCCCAGAAGGUGAGGUAUUGGACCAAGGUUAAUGGGACGAAGAGGCAGGAGACGUGUACGGAUGAUAUGAUUUUUCCCGUGGCGAAGAUCGUGGAGCAUUUGUCGAGGGGGGCGACGUUGAAGGCCGGUACGGCGAUUAUGACGGGGACGCCGAGUGGGGUGGGACUUUUUAUGGAGCCGAAGGGGUUUGUGGGGGAUGGGGAUGAGGUGGAGGUUUAUGUUGAGGGGAUUGGGAGCUUGGUUAAUAGGGUGAGGUUUGAGUAGGGGGUUGGACAUGUUGGAAGAUUGCUGUUAUGUGUGUCGAUAUUGGUGGUGUUUGCUAGUGUUUUGCUGGUAAGAAUCGAUGCUUUGCUUUGCUCUUACCUUACUUGUUUCGCCCCUUGGAAUGAACGAACUUGCCAUGCAAAUCAUGUACAGACAGUAGCUACUCACUC